CUGUAUCGGAAAGUUUGACUCUUUUCUGCUAUUGAUUAUUCGGCCUGGAUUAAAAGAGGAAGCGGAUGAACAAGAGCUAACAAAGCUAGCUGGGUUAAGUAACCGUCCGUAGACAGAACAGCUGCCUUACCUGGCGACUUCCUGUGUAGACAAGCUGACAGUGUUACAGACCGAUCUGUUUUGAGAGGUUACUGCUCAUGCAGGGGACCAGGUGGCUGUCAUGUUGACCGGACCGGUUGCUUUCGGAGGCUUUUCCUUCCUCCAGGCUGAUGAUAUCGGUGGGAUUCGCUAGUUCCGCCUGAGCUUCUCACCACCACUACUACUGCUGCUACAAAAGCUGGCUGUUGUAGGACACGUAGCUCGGGGUUAUCAUACCCGGUAGCUAAUAUUAGCUGGGCUGAAGCAGUUAUGAUGCAGGCUACUGGAGCAUCCCAGGACCAGUCACAGGGUACAGGGGAACGGGGGGAGCUGGUACACACAUUAUCUAAAGAGAUGUCUGGGUCUCCAGAUGCCUCAGAGUUGGGGAGCCCACGGUGUACACAAAACUUUGACCUGUUCAACAUGGUUGUGUGCUAUAGGAGAAUGGCUCUGUUUCUUGAGCCAGUUGCAGAUGCAGUGGAGCUGAGCCGCUUCCUGCUCGGAUGGAAGAUGCCGCUGUGCUCGCUCCUUGUCUGUGUAUUCCUCAAUGUCUUCUUUUGCACUGUCACGAAAGUGGGUUGGUUCUCUGUGGGUGUGGUGGCAGUGUCAGCGCCCGCUGCCCUGGGUUACCUGCAGGACAGGUGUGGGGGUAAAGCCUCAGAAGCUGAGCUUCAGAGGAGGUGCUAUCACUCUGUGCACCGCAGAGACCUGCAGACAGUGCAUCUCACCAAGCAGGAGGCCAUGCUGGAAGUUAAAGACCUGUUGAAGCACUUGGAUGACAUCCUGUCCUCUGCCUGUCAGUCAGCAGAAGCUAUUGAUAAAGUCCUGCGCUGGGAUAACCACACCAAGUCAUUAAGGUUUUACGGAGGGGUGCUAUUAGUGUUGUAUCUGCUCUACGUGGUUCCUGUGGGCUGGGUCCUUGCUGGACUCAACAGCGCCAUCUUCCUGUGGAACAGGGACUUCUGCAGAGUUUUGUUGGAUCUUCAGAAGCUCUUCCACAUGGGCCAGACCAAGGCCUCAGAAGGGCUGUGUGAAGAGCAGGAACAAGGCAACUUGCUGGACAGGACCCCCACACCAAAUAGUCUGGAGGACUUGUCUCCUGGCAGUGUGGAGGAAGCUGAAGAGGCAGAGCCUGAUGAUGAAUUUAAGGAUGCUAUUGAGGAACAUUCAGUUUCUCUGCAGGAAACCCCUUUGGUCUUGGUGGAGGAUGACGACGGGCCUCUUGCAGCUCCGGAGUAUGACACCAUCUCUGAAAAUGGCCUGUUAAGCCGCAACGAACCAAUACGCAGUAAAGUGUCCAAACUGACGGAAAAACUGCGUAAACGCUACCCCACCACCAGCACAGGCAGCUGUUCUAGCUGCAAUGCUGUCUUUUCAGUGCUGAAGAAAAGGAGAAACUGCAGUAACUGUGGCAACGUCUUCUGCUCCCGAUGCUGUUCCUUUAAGGUGCUGAGAUCUUGCAUGGGAGCCACAGCUCCUGAGGCCCAGAGAGAGACUGUGUUUGUUUGUGCUGCUUGUAAUUCCUCUCUCAUCAAGUUACAGUGAGACAGUGUGAUGGUCUUUUCUCCCAGCAGCCAGGUUGAUGCCCCCUCCCUGGCCCUUCACUCAGUUUCUGAAACCCUAACGCAUGCCUUUUAAAAUUCAGGCACAUGUUAAGGUCUUUGUCAAGAUACCUCCUGUGUUGCAGUCACAGACCCCCCCCACCCCCACACCUUUACCAUUACAUCCCUCCUUAGCUACUCAUAAUGAUUAUGGGACCUCUACUGUAAUGUGUUGCAUUUUUUUCAGUUUCAACUCUCAAUUAAGAACUGGACCUUAUGAAUCAAGACUGACUACAAAGCAGAUUAAAGGACCUUGUGUUUCCCCUCUGCUGAGCAGAGGGAGGUACAGAGCGUGCGUGGCGGAAGCCAGGGCUGGGCUGCUGCUGUUGGCUGCCAGCAGUUUUUUUUUUUAUGCAAUUUGCCUCAUCACAAAGUUGAUUCCACUUGAUUGUUGAUGUCUUUAAAAUGCAGUCCUGUUUAGCAGUUUACUGUAAGUGUACUGAAAUGCUGACAGGACUUUUCUGUAUGAACAACACAAAGACUGGGACUUCUGUGGAGGCAGACACUGUACGAAUGCAAUGCUCACUGUCCACCAAUACACUUUUCCCUGUAUCUGGUCAACAAUGUUGUGGUUAUUCUAGGUUUUUCUGGGUCCUUGAAGCCACUGGUUUUGGUUUAAUUGAUGUUUUAUUAAUUGAAUCGGUUCCUAUUGUGACCCAUAUGCUGCUUACAGUUUGCCAGAGGUGGUGUACUGGAGGGCUGUGUAUAAGGACCAGUUUAGAAAACCAACUUGCUCUGCUUGUCGUUUGCAAAUUGGUGCUUCAUCCUGGUUGGUUUUUCUUUGUGUGGACAUGUCAGAUUAGCUUUUUUUGGAGGGUAAUGAAAGCCUAAAUGCCCAGAGAUCCCAACAGCCCAAGGGUUUCCUCAAGCUGUAUCAAAGUCUACCUAAGAGGAUUAAAGUUGUUUAAAUGAGAAACCUACUGAAACUAAACCUGCUGAAACCGUUUUCAGAGCCUCAUACUCUUGCAAGCAGGACUUAAACGAAUGGGUGUGGAGGCAUUAUAACCCAAAAGGUGGAUCUUGGUAGUAAAGUUGUUUUAAUCAUGAUCCAGGCACAGACGAUUGUAAUUACUGCUUUGCUUUUAUUGUAAUCAUAUAUGAACUCUUACUGUAAAUUUUUACUAUACCUAAUAUAUUUAAUUUUAAACUCCAGAAAGUGCAAGUUAUUAUUUGAACUAAUGGUAGUUUCUGUAUAUAUUGUCCCUUAUUUUAUGGUUGA